UUUACUUCUAAGCUCAAAGAGAGACCAUCCUCUCUAGCUUGAAGCAAACGAAAAGCUUUUGACGAAGAAGACGAAGCCAAGAAGAUGUUCAGGAACCAGUACGACACAGAUGUGACUACAUGGUCACCAACAGGUCGACUAUUCCAAGUCGAAUACGCCAUGGAAGCUGUGAAGCAAGGCUCAGCCGCAAUCGGACUUAGAUCUCGCUCACAUGUCGUCCUCGCUUGUGUCAACAAAGCACAAUCAGAGCUCUCUUCUCAUCAAAGGAAGAUCUUUAAAGUCGAUGAUCAUAUUGGUGUUGCUAUUGCGGGUCUAACUGCUGAUGGUCGUGUUCUGUCUCGUUAUAUGAGAUCUGAGUCUAUUAAUCACUCUUUUACUUAUGAGUCUCCUCUUCCUGUUGGUCGUCUUGUUGUUCAUCUUGCUGAUAAAGCUCAGGUAUGUACCCAACGGUCAUGGAAACGGCCUUAUGGUGUUGGUUUGCUGGUAGGUGGAUUGGACGAGUCAGGAGCCCACCUCUACUACAACUGCCCGAGCGGAAACUACUUUGAAUAUCAAGCAUUUGCUAUCGGGUCUCGUUCACAAGCUGCGAAAACCUAUCUGGAACGCAGAUUUGAGAGCUUCCAAGAAUCAUCGAGAGAAGAUCUGAUCAAAGAUGCUAUUAUGGCCAUAAGGGAAACAUUGCAAGGGGAAACACUGAAGAGCUCACUCUGCACUGUUUCUGUUCUAGGAGUCGAUGAACCGUUCCAUUUCUUGGACCAGGAAAGCAUACAAAAGGUGAUUGAUACGUUUGAGAAGGUUCCCGAGGAAGAGGAGGAUGCUGGUGAGGGUGAGGCCGAACCCGAGGCUGCUACUGGUGCUGCUGGAACUGGGGAACAAGGUGGUUCAGGUGAUCAAGAUGUUGCGCCAAUGGAAAUUUGAGCAAGUGAGAAUACGUUAAAAGUUGGGUUUUCAAAUUAACUUGCUUGUGUUUAGCUCUUUGGUCUGUUCCAAGUAUUGUGGGUUUUACUCAGCUUUUUUUUAUUUUAACAGCUUGGGACAAGAAGUUAUUGAGUGACACUAGCUUAUAUUUAGUCCUAUUUAAGUCAAAUUUAUCACAUAAUAAUCGCCAACCUAAAGAAUGUAUCAAACAAAUACCAUUUCGAAUGAUUGGAGAAACAGCGACAGAGAAAGAAUGAAAGAUUAAUGCAACUA